CACUCUCAUCAACAUUAAGAUGCUUGGAGCUGUCAUAAAUCAUGCGGAACGCGCAAUAAAUAAAACAAAAGAUAUGCGUUUAUUUAUAGAUGUUGUUUAAACAGUAGACAAAUAUUUGUAUGUAGAAAGGAAUGUUACAACAAUUGUUUUCGGACAUUAUUAUUUGAGGUUCAUUCCUCGACGUCAGAAAUGAGAUGUCGCGCCAGAACAGCAUAUUCUCUAACUAUAACGUCAUUCCUAUUGAUACUGGUGGGCUGGUUGAUCCCAUUUUGGUUCGGGCGAUUUUAUGAAAGUCGCCAUUCGAAGAAACAAUGGGGCCUGUUCUACGUCAUCAUGUGUGAGAUCGGAAACUGCACGAGUAUCUCGCAAGUUCUCAACAAAGAUCAUGUUGAUUUCGGAGGUGCUGAGCCGCCAAUUGUUUUAGAGUCGAUAUCAAUUCUAGCAACUAUAGCACUGGCUUUAUGUUUCCUCAGCCUCGUUAUAGUUCUAAUAUUUCACUGCCAUGUCUGCGGGAGGAAAUUCAGUUAUCAUAAUUAUGUGACUGGUGCAGCUAUCGUACAGUUUAUAGCUGCUGCUUUCGUGUUCCUGACGAUAAUUCUGUCAGCCAUAUCUACAGGUGGGUUCUUCUCAAAGGUACCGAUGAAUGACGUCAUUGAAUUUCCAUGGUCUUUAUUAAUCUUCUGCAUCGCAGAAGUUCCAUUGAUUUCAUCGGCUGUUAUAUAUUUGCUUAUAACGUUCCAAUGGAAAAAGUACAGACACAUCUAUGCAAAGACGCGAUACAUCCAUGAUGCACUAACCGGAAACGGAAGUGGACUGCAUAGAAAUAACGAACCUCUUUUGGAUUACACAUUAGACCGUAAAUCCCGUUACAAACCAUUCAAUCGUGACUCAUUUAUAGGAUAUUAUCGCGGAAGUCGAGAUGAUGACUCGACCGGAAGUACACUCAAAAGAGAAUACUACUUUCCAAGCAGGAGUCCGUGGGAAAAGAGCAGAUAUUAUUAUACAUAUCCGUAUAAACAAGCUCACAUAAACAGUUCACUGAAGAAACAGACACAAAAUGCAACAAGCAAUACGAUAAGCUCCGAAAAUAGGAGAUCACUACCUAGGAGUUCUAUCAACCAGUACUCGGGAAAUCCAAGGGUGUGGCACACUGUCGGAAACUUCGAAUCGUCUUUGGAAAGAAGGAUGAACCCACAUAGGGAUAUUUAUAUGUAGUAUAUAUGUAUACAAAUAAACAUGUCAAUAUAUGUUGUAGUGGUGAUGUUGAUUUAUUAUUUCAGCAGUCGUGGCAACUAACAGUUACAGUACAUUUAUAAGAAAGGGGCCGCGCAACCUUUCUGCGACCGAUUUCUUAGUAAUUGUAGACAUAUAAUAGACCAAAUGAGGCCGAGAAAUAACUAAUUCUUAUAAUUGUCCAUGUAUAUACAAUGUUUAUAUUGUAAUAAUAGUAAACAGC